AUGAUUAUUUCAAUGGGAAUAAAAAUUGUAUGCACACCUGCUGGUCGAACGCAUCCUUGUUUUCAAGGUGGUCAGCCGAACAGAAGUCCAGUUUUUGAAUUAAAAGGCAACAAUAAUCGUUAUACGCGACAUUAUCAACGUGGUGUUGCGACAACUUGCUGCUUUUACGGUGACUGUACAUUGCAAUAUUUAAGAACAUUUUGUUGUCACAUUGAUUAUUAUGAUUAA